UGGAGCGCGCGCCCCGAUUGGCUCGGAGGAAGAUGGCGACGUGGCCCGAGGAGGUCCGACCGUGCCAAAACUGAGGCUCGGCCAGGCCUGCGCUGGAUUGGUUGUAGGUGGGGCUGACUUGGGUCGUCGGCCGGAAGCGGAAGUGGAGGAAAGAUGCAGGACCAUCAGCACGUGCCCAUCGACAUCCAGACCAGCAAGCUGCUCGACUGGCUGGUCGACAGACGACACUGCAAUCUGAAAUGGCAGAGUCUGGUGUUGACCAUCCGAGAGAAGAUCAAUGCUGCCAUCCAGGACAUGCCAGAGAGUGAGGAAAUCGCCCAGCUGCUCUCUGGAUCCUACAUUCACUACUUCCACUGCCUAAGGAUCGUGGACCUUCUCAAAGGCACCGAAGCCUCCACAAAAAAUAUUUUUGGCCGGUACUCUUCACAGCGAAUGAAGGAUUGGCAGGAGAUCGUAGCCCUGUAUGAGAAGGACAACAUCUAUCUAGUGGAACUCUCUAGCCUCCUGGUUCGGAAUGUCAACUACGAGAUCCCUUCGCUGAAGAAGCAGAUCGCCAAAUGCCAGCAGCUGCAGCAAGAAUAUAGUCGCAAGGAGGAGGAGGGCCAGGCAGGGGCCACCGAGAUGCGAGAGCAGUUCUACCACUCAUGCAAGCAGUACGGCAUCACGGGAGACAACGUCCGGAGAGAACUGCUGGCCCUGGUGAAGGACCUGCCGAGUCAGCUGGCUGAGAUCGGGACCGGGGCCCAGUCUCUGGGCGAAGCCAUUGACCUCUACCAGGCCUGUGUGGGGUUUGUGUGUGAAAGCCCCACAGAGCAGGUGCUGCCGAUGCUGCGAUUCGUGCAGAGGCGGGGAAACGCCACGGUGUACGAAUGGAGGACGGGGACCGAGCCCUCUGUGGUAGAGCGGCCGCACCUCGAGGAGCCUCCUGAGCCGGUGGAAGAAGACGCGAUUGACUGGGGUGACUUUGGGGUGGAGAUGGCUUCUGAAGGGAUGGACUCUGGCAUCUCUGCCCAGGCUGCCGAAAUUGACUGGGGCAUCUCCCUGGAAUCGGACUCAAAGGAAACUGGGGGCGAUGGGAUAGACUGGGGAGACGAUGCCGCUUUGCAGAUCACAGUGCUAGAAGCUGGAACCCAGGCUCCAGAAGGUGUUGCUAAGGGCCCAGAUGCCCUGACACUUCUUGAAUACCCCGAGACCCGGAAUCAGUUCAUUGAUGAGCUCAUGGAGCUCGAGAUCUUCUUGACCCAGAGAGCCGUGGAGAUGAGCGAGGAGGCAGACAUCUUGUCCGUGAGCCAGUUCCAGCUGGCUCCCGCCAUCCUGCAGGGCCAGACCAAAGCAAAGAUGGUUACCAUGGUGUCGGCGCUGCAGGAUCUGAUCGGCCGGCUCACCAGUCUUCGAAUGCAACACCUGUUUAUGAUCCUGGCCUCACCAAGGUAUGUGGACCGAGUGACUGAGUUUCUCCAGCAGAAGCUGAAGCAGUCCCAGCUUCUGGCUUUGAAGAAGGAGCUGAUGGUGCAGAAGCAGCAGGAAGCGCUUCAGGAGCAGGCGGCCCUGGAGCCCAAGUUGGAUCUGCUGCUGGAGAAGACCAAGGAGCUGCAGAAGCUGAUCGAAGCUGACAUUUCCAAGAGGUACAGUGGGCGCCCCGUGAACCUGAUGGGAACCUAUCUGUGACAGCCCCCACAUUCUACCUUCCCGGCUUCCCAGCCUUCAGGAAGGGGGGUGCGACAGCCAGGGCUGAUGCGGCAGGGCCCUUCCUGGCCAGAUACCAAGUGAUUGGAGGAUGGAAGGCCGCAUGAAGGAGCUGUCACCUAGAUGGUGACUUUGACCCUCACUGUAUUUUCUGGCAAGAAGCUAUCUUGAUUGGCCCUGUUGCCUGUCAGCCUGCAACCCCAGUUUCUGGUCCUUCUCAUCAUCUAGUUGGACUUAAUAAAAGAGGAAGAGACUCUUGCUUCA